AUGGAGAAUCUAUCCAUCUCCGAUGCCCCUCCACAGGGCCGCGGUGCGCCGCAACCGCUACCUCAGCUGCCGCCCCAGAUGUUCACCACUGCUGCGCAGCUCCUGGACCUUACAGACAAGAAGCUCAUGGUCGCAUUGCGCGAUGGGAGAAAACUCAUAGGUGUACUGAGAAGCUGGGAUCAAUUCGCAGCCAAUCUCGUUCUUCAAUCCACGAUCGAACGAAUUUUUGCUCCUUCUUCCGAUUCUGCAGGUAGCGAACGACCGACAGGCCUCUACGCGGACAUAAAUCACGGCAUAUUCCUUGUUCGAGGCGAGAACGUACUUCUCUUGGGCGAAAUUGAUCUGGACAGAGAUGACGACCCUCCGCCUGGGUUUGAGCUCGCCGACUUGGAAGUGGUCAAGAAGCUUGCAGAGGAGAAGAAAACUGCCGACAAGGCCCGGGACAAGGCACGUGUCAAGAAGCUCGCGAAGCAGGGUUUCGAGGGGGAGAACAUUGGCGAGAUUGUGCUGUAA